AUGCGCAUCGUUUGCAUCGGAGCGGCACCGACAGGCUUGGGAGCAGCAUUUCGUCUCAAUGAACUGAUUCAGGAAAAGCAAGAAAAUGCCGAGGAUGUUGAGAUGGUGAUUCUUGAAAAGGAAGCCUAUGCUGGUGGACUUUCAUGCACGGUAAAGGAUGACAAGGGUUUUCUCUGGGACAUGGGAGGUCAUAUCACAUUCAAUCACAAUUUUCCGUAUUAUGAGAAAGCUGUAAAGUGGGCUGUAGAUGAGUGGAACAGCCUUCAAAGAAACUGCAUGGUUGACAUGAAUUAUCUAUACGACACACCAGGCAUUCAUCUUGUUCCUUACCCAGCACAAUUCGCUGUGCCUCUGUUCCCAGAAGAUGUUAAGCAAAAAUGUCUCAAAGACCUCAAGGAACGUUAUGAGAAGGAACCUGAAGGGACUCCAGAGAACUUCGACGAUUGGGUGUUGAAACACUUUGGACCCACAAUUUUGGAAGUCUUCUUCAAGCCUUAUACAAAGAAGGUUUGGACCGUUGAGCCAACAAAAAUGUCUCCGAACUGGGUAGGAACAAGAGUUGCUAAGCUACCUCAGGAGAAAUUAGAAGAGCUUUGUGCCAUGAAUCAGGAAGAACUAGCCACAGCAGACUUCGGUUGGGGACCAAACUCCUGUUUCACUUUCCCCAAGUAUGGAGGAACUGGAAAUGUUUGGAACUCAAUGGCUAAGAAGUUGCCAAAGGACUGGUUCAGAUUCAACACGGAGGUAGUUGGAAUUGAUGCUGAAGCAAAACGUGUACGAUAUGUGAACAAAACUUCCAAUGAAGUGAAAGAACUGAACUAUGAUAUUCUGCUAAAUGCUGCGCCAAUUGAUUUGCUUGUCAAGGAGACCAAAAUCUGUCCUGAAAUUAAUGUGGACCACAACAAGGUUUUCAUCGUCGGUGUUGGUCUCGAAAAGCCGAUGACAGAAUUUGUCGAGAAAUUCACAUGGCUCUAUUUUCCCGAUCCUAACGUACCAUUCUUCCGCGUGACAAUUCUUAGUCGAUACGGAGAGGUGACGCCGGACAGUAACAAAUACUGGUCGGUCAUGUGCGAAUGCGCACGACCGAUUGAUGAUCCAAUUACCGAAGAAGAAGUCGUAAAGCAAGCCAUUGAUGGUCUUGUGAUCAAGAGCAUGAUCAAGCGUGAGGCAAUCGUCUCGAUAUAUUCCACAACCCUAGAAUAUGGGUAUCCCAUCCCCACUCCAGCUCGAGAUCCAGAGUUGGCGCGAGCACAUCGUGAGCUAGAAAAACACUCAAUUUACUCAAGAGGUCGCUUUGGAGGAUGGAAGUAUGAAGUUUCAAAUCAAGAUCACUGUUUCAUCCAAGGAAAAGAGUUCAUCGACCGAGUGAUCCUAAACGAACCCGAGAAGCUCUACAAGACAGGUCUUGCUGAGAGACAAGGAUAA